GCCUAAACCGUAGUUCCAAGCUUCCUGGAACUUGGGCUGGCAGACCUGUAGCUACUUUCCGCCUUGACUGCCAGCCAUCCCCAGACUGUCCAGGAAGAACUUGCAGUCUGUUUUGCAUUGUCUGUACGAUAAAUAGAAUUCAGCUUUGUGCUGAUUGAGCAGUAACAUUUUAUCUGGAGCAGUACUCUGAUUUCUGACACUAAGGGCCUUAAACAAAAUGGAGGAUUUUAAAUUUGAUGGAACAGAGCGCCUACCUGUCGACUAUGUGAAGGGGAUUCUGCAACCCACACCUACCUGUGACAUGUGGGACCGGAUCUGGAACUUCCAAGCCAGGUCUGAUGAUCUGCUUAUUGCCACCUAUCCUAAAGCAGGAACAACAUGGACUCAGGAAAUAGUGGACUUAAUACAAAAUGAAGGUGAUAUUGACAAAUGUCAACGAGCACCUACUCAUAUACGAAUUCCUUUCAUCGAAUGGAUAAUCCCAUUCAUAGGAUCUGGUUUGGACCGAGCUAAUGAAAUGCCCUCACCACGGACCCUGAAAACACAUCUUCCCAUCCACUUGCUGCCACCGUCCUUCAUAGAAAAAAACUGUAAGAUAAUCUAUGUAGCAAGAAAUCCAAAGGACAAUAUGGUAUCUUAUUACCAUUUCCAAAGAAUGAAUAAAGCUCUUCCUGCUCCAGGAACCUGGGAAGAGUAUUUUGAGAAUUUUCUGGCUGGGAAAGUGUGCUGGGGUUCUUGGCAUGACCAUGUGAAAGGAUGGUGGAAAGCCAAAGACCAACACCGCAUUCUCUACCUCUUCUAUGAGGACAUGAAGAAGAAUCCAAAGCAUGAAAUUCAGAAGGUGGCAGAAUUUAUUGGAAAAAACCUACAUGAUGAAGUCCUAGAUAAAAUUGUCCAUCACACGUCAUUUGAUGUUAUGAAGCAGAAUCCAAUGGCAAACUAUUCAUCGGUUCCUACUAAAAUCAUGAACCACACUGUUUCUCCAUUCAUGAGAAAAGGGACAGUUGGAGACUGGAAGAAUCACUUUACUGUUGCUCAGAAUGAGAGAUUUAAUGAAGACUACGAGAAGAAAAUGGCUGAUACCAAUAUAACUUUCCACUUCCAAUUCUCAUAAAAAGAGAAAAGAACCAAAAUUUUUUAGUUUAUUACCUAAUUUUUUGGUAAUAAUCAAUAAAACUUUAUUACCCAGACCACAUGAUAUUGGAUUCGGGUUCUCAGACUAGUUGAUUAUUGUGUUUGCUUUUGUUCACUCUUAAAAAAGUAGGGAUAAAGCUAGCA